AUGAGUUCAUCACAAGACAACCCUGAAGACUUCCCCAGUAGAGUAUCGAGUAGAAAAGGGAAAAACUUGCAUGUUGCUCAUAGACGUUCACCUUCAGAGUUAACCACAUUGAUGGUUGAGCAAUACAACUUACAACGUCAAUUGGACCAGGUUCAAGCUCAACAAAGACAAAUUUUGGAACAGCAACAGCAACAGCAGCAGCAACAAUACUUACAACCGCAAUUUGAGUAUCCACCCCUGUCAUCUUCUUCGCAUUCCGAUAUCCUGCAUUCUUCUCAUCACAAUAACAAUCGUGGCUCACAUUCUAGAUCAUCUUCAAUUACCAACAGCAACACUAAUUACAACAAUACACACAGAAGAACAGGUUCAGCUGGUGGCGGUACUGCUCAUGGCCAUACUAGAAGGCACUCAUUGGCACUCAAUGAAGCUAUUGCAGCUGCCGAUCAACAAAGAACCAGCAGACUCAGCUCUAGCCCACUGCGUGGUGAUGCUAUUGAUGAUCAGAAAGUUGGAUCAUUCAAGUUUCCUCAAGAAAGCAACGAUCCUUCGAGCCCUAACACUGCAGCUCACAACCGCCCGAGAUCACAAGCUUAUGGACAACAGUCAUUCAAGUUUCCAGCAACACCAUCUCAAGAAGGAACUUCUGGUAACAGCAACUUGUUGCCGCCAACUCCAAAUUUUAGCUUCACCCAAUCUCCUGAACGCGGUGGCGGUGGCGGUGGCGGUGGUGACAGAGGUAGCCACAAUCGAAAACCCUCACACUACAGAACGGCAUCGCGUAAUUCUGAAGGUAUUAAUCAAAACUGGAGACAACAAAACAUCCAUUUGACUCCACAAUCUGGCUCACAUCACAGACAAGCAUCGGGAUUGGAACCACCCCCAGGGUUUAUUCCUGGCCAUAGACCACGUAAUAGUUCCUAUGGUGGAGGAAAUUCCGUAUCAUCCAUCUCACAAUUUUUACCAAACAGUGGAGCUGGAGCUCAAGGCGGUGGUCAAGGAGGAGGAGCACAUGGCGGACAAAAUACUGGCAAUGGUCGUAAAUCGCUUUUCGCUCCAUACUUGCCACAGUCAUCCCUUCCUGAAUUGAUCAAUGAGGGUCGCUUGGUCACGGGAACUCUAAGAGUCAACAAGAAGAAUAGAUCAGAUGCAUAUGUAUCCACUGAUGGAUUGUUAGAUGCUGACAUUUUCAUUUGUGGGUCAAAAGAUCGUAAUCGUGCCUUGGAAGGCGAUUUGGUUGCCGUCGAGUUGUUAGUUGUGGACGAAGUAUGGGAGUCCAAGAAGGAGAAGGAGGAGAAAAAGAGAAGAAAAGACCACAAUACAAGACCUUUGAAUGAUGAUAUUCAUAAUGACGCCACAUCAGCACCUACAACUACGACUGCUUUUGCAGGUUCAAGUACAGACGGGAAAGAAGACAAUAAAGGCGAGGAAGGUUUAGGAAGAAGAGGCUCGCUUAAGCAAAGACCAACAAUGAAAAAGAAUGAUGAUGUCGAGGUUGAGGGGCAAUCAUUGCUUUUGGUUGAAGAGGAGGAGAUAAACGAUGAGGUUAAACCUUUAUAUGCAGGGCAUGUUGUUGCUGUAGUUGACAGAAUUCCCGGACAGCUUUUUGCAGGUACUUUGGGCUUGUUGAGACCGGCACAGGCUGCACAAGCUGCGAGAGACAAGAAAUCAGGAAAUGAACCAUCAGUUCAAACACCUAAGUCACCAAAGAUUGUGUGGUUUAAGCCCACCGAUAAGAAAGUUCCAUUAAUUGCUAUUCCAACUGAGCAAGCCCCAUCUGAUUUUGUUAGCAACCAUGAGAAGUAUGCUGACCAGUUGUUUGUUGCAUCGAUCAAAAGAUGGCCCAUUACAUCAUUGCAUCCUUUCGGAACAUUGAUCUCGAAAUUGGGAAAGAUCGAUAGUCCUGAAAUAGAAGUUGACUCAAUUUUGAGAGACAAUAAUUUUCUUUGUGAUGAGUAUCCUGAUGAUAAUCAUGAUGAUGAGGAAUUACUCGGAACUUUUGACAUACCAUCUGUUGAAUCGGAGUUGGAAAAUUCGAACAGAACUGAGUACGUGAAUGAUUACAUUAUUGCGUUCUCCCCCAAUGGCGACUUUGUUGAUCAUGCGUUACAUGUAAAGAGAUUGUCCAAUACAAAGAUUGAAUUGGGAUUCCAUGUUUCCGACGUGUCGCACUUUGUCAAGCCUGGGUCAGUAUUGGAUCGAAAGUCGAAAAAGAGAUCAUCUGCGGUUUUUCUUCCUCAAAAGGUGGUAAAUCUAUACCCUCAACAAGUCAACAAAUUGAUUUCAUUCAAAGAGAAUGUAAAGAAUUUGGCCCUAUCGGUUGUCUUUGAAAUUGACACCACUAAUUUCGAAGUUGAAGACUUAUUUAUUCAUGAGUCAAUUAUUGUUCCUAAGCAAAUUGUUAAUUAUGACUUUUUUGAUAAAAUUUUGGAAAACAAACCUGUGGACACCAUUUCGUCAGCAACUUCCGACUACAUCAGAACUUUUAGUUUGAUUGCGAAAGAGUUUCGUCGUCACCGUUUAGGAAAUAGAAGUUUGGGCAUCACGCCAAAUUUGACUUUGUUGGACCAAUUGGAUGAUGAAAAAGUUGCCUUGAGUUUGAACAUUUUUGACGAUAGUUUAGCACGUGAUGUUAUCUCGGAGAUUGCAUUGAAGGUUAAUUCGGCAAUCGCUGCCAAGAUUCAAGUUGGUUUGGGUAACAAGGCAUUUUUGCGUCGUCAAGGAUUACCAACAUUGCAAAAAAUUGAGACAUUUGUGCGUAAAGCAACCAAUUUGGGAAUCAAGAUCGACACCACCGAUGCAGCCACAUUGCAGAAUUCAUUAUUGAAAAUUGAAGAUCCUGUCAAGAGACAAUGUGUUGAGAUUCUAUUGUUUAAAUGUAUGGCUCGUGGCAAGUACUACGUUGCAGGUAAGCAAGACCCUGACAGUUAUGGUCACUACUACUACAACUUACCCUUGUAUACACAUUUUUCUGCCCCGUUGAGACGUUAUGCCGACUUGAUUGUUCACAGACAAUUAAAGGCAGUGUUGCACAAAGAGGAUGAAGAAAAGGAUGUUGAUUCAUUAAAGGCAUUGGCUGACUAUUGUAACUUCAAGAAGGAUUGCGCUGCCAAUGCACAAGAGCAAGCUAUUCACCUUUUGCUAUCACAAACCAUCAAUGAGUUGAGCGAAAGUGCUGGUCAAUUGUUGUGCAUGGGUACAGUUGUACAAGUGUAUGAGUCCUCAUUUGACGUGUUUAUCCCUGAAUUUGGUAUUGAAAAGAGAGUACACGGAGAUCAAUUGCCGCUUGCCAAAGCAGAGUUUGAUAAAACCAACAGAGUUUUGGAAUUGUUCUGGGAAAAGGGCGUUGAUUCGGCAACAUACGUGCCCCCGGAUGAAACCACUUCAUUGUCGUAUAGAAACUCAAUCAAGAAUAAGUACAGAACAACGUCAACACAAGCUGCCAAAAUCCAAAACAAGGCCAUUUUGGAAAAGAAAAAAUCCGGUGAAGAUUCCAUUGUGGAAAAAUUGUGCAAGAUGAAUUUAGAGCCUCCAAAGUUGACGAUGCCUCCAUUAAAAAAGAACAAAGAGGUUGUUGAAGAAGAUGCCACCAAGUCCAUGCCAAACUCACCAACCCAAUCACACCUUCCUCAAAAUGUGAGAACAAACUCUUCUUCCGUCAUUGAUGAGUCUGAAGGGUCAAAUGCUUCAGGUUUGGCACCAUAUUUGCAGAAUCUUGAAACGAGAAUUGACGGUGAUUCUCAUAUUCAAGUUGUUAGAGAGUUGACUGAAGUUCCAGUAUUGUUGAGAGCAGAAAUUGGUAUGACAUUGCCAUGCUUGACUGUUCGUGUUUUAAAUCCGUUUACGUAG